GCGAGCACUACUGGCGGCUAACCGAGGACGGAGUGGCGGCCGGCUACCCACGGCUUAUCUCGCGUGCAUGGCCCAACUUGCCCGGCAAUAUCGACGCCGCCUUUACCUACAAAAACGGCAAGACCUAUUUCUUCAAGGGCUCCAAGUACUGGCGCUACAAUGGUCAGAAAAUGGACGGGGACUACCCCAAAGAGAUCAGUGAAGGUUUCACCGGAAUCCCGGAUAACAUCGACGCGGCUCUCGUAUGGUCCGGCAACGGCAAGAUCUAUUUCUACAAGGGCUCGAAAUUCUGGCGGUUCGACCCAGCGCAGCGCCCCCGUCAAGGCCACCUACCCCAAGCCCCUCUCCAACUGGGACGGCAUCCCGGACAACAUCGAUGCCGCGUUACAGUACACUAAUGGAUACACAUACUUCUUCAAAGGAGGCUCUUACUGGCGGUUCAAUGACAGGACUUUCAGUGUAGAUGCAGACAACCCUCAGUUCCCUCGCUCCACGGCGUUCUGGUGGCUAGGAUGCAGCAACGCUCCGCGCGGUACCGUCGGAGGUAAUGCGCGGCUCACUGACGCAUCUGCCGCCGAGGACGACGUCGGCGACAUCACCUUCGACGCAGUUGUCAACGUUCAGUCGGACGGAGCCCGUCUCUAGUAUGUCGUUCGCAUGUGGCUCUCGGCCGCUUCAUAUAUUAAGGAGGGCUCGACUCCUCCGCCGCGACACCAAUCACCCGCAUCUCAGACAGCCCGGAGUCAGCAGGAGAGGGCGGCAGACGCAGCGGAGCGUCGACGGCCUGCGCGUCUCUCGUGUUGGCCUGGACGGCGCUAGCAGCGCUGGUGAGCGCGCAGUGGGCGACGCGCGCCUAGCGCCCCGCGCUCAAUGCCCGCCGCCGGCGCGCCCGCCCUGAUUGUGUGUGUGCUGCUUGUGCCUCACGCGUUCGGUAUCUUGUGUAUAGCGAACACGUUACUGUGAUGACGAGUGCGCAUUUUAUACAUUCGCGAGAACGAUAAUAAUAUUUAAUGCAAAGUCAUAGUUUUUAUACUUUAAUAUAAAUAGAUGAUGUAAGACCGAGUGUGAUAUUGAUGUAAGCGACGAUGAUUUUUUAUAUUAAAAUAUUUAAAGUACCGCAAA